AUGGAGGAGCUUGACACUUGGAACUACUAUGUCCCCGAAGACAGGGAGGUAUCGGAGUGGCAGCUGUACUAUGCCCUCCUCAUCGUCUGGGGCGAGGAGUAUGAAGUGGCGGAGCGAGCUGGGUUGGCAAAGAUCUACCAGAGGGCCUACGACUUCGCUUCUUUUGACCCGGGCAAAGCCUGGAGAGAGAUUACUCUUGGCUGA